AAGUGAAUCACGGGCGUGCCGUUUAAUAAUAAUUGUGUGCACUACUAAGGGAGUGCUCCGUUAUAUAAAAAAUAUUGUGUAUAGUUGCAAGGACUAUUACCGUAUUUUAAGAAACGUGCACCUACCUACCAUUUUUAACAUUUUAUAUUGUAUUGUGUACAUCUUAUAGGGGAUGUUACCUUCUCAAUAUUUUAUACAGUUUACAAAAUUAGUGAUGUGUACAUUCGAAAGGAAUGUUUCCUUCACUUCUCCUUUUGUCCAUUGAAUAUCUAAAUUUGAUAUUAAUUUUACUCAAUGUAUAUACGAGUACAUAGUUUACUCUACUUACCUACACAAAAUUAGGUUUAAAUAUCACUAUGUGGACACUUAAAUGGCCUGUUUAUUAACACGAGCAUCUGGAUUUCCAGGUAAAAACGAUUCACAAGUAGACAUUGAACUACCAAUUAAUGACGAACCUCAACCAGUGCCAUCUACUUCAUAUCAAUCGGCGAUUCAACCAACUGAAAUCGCUAUGAUAUUAGAACCGACCGAAGAACUCAACCGUCCGGAAUUAGACGAAGAAAUAAUGUGUCUUCUCGGACAAACACCAUCCAAAGAAAAAAAGUUAGGUUCUGAUAUUCAAAAAGAUCUAGCCUUAAGACUAGAACAUAUUGCUACAAUGGGACUGAAAAAAGAGUCCAGAAAGGAGAUAAUCGAAAAUAACCUUAUACCCUCAAAUUGUACAAAAAUCAAUGCUCCAAAAUUAAAUCCUGAGAUAAAGGCUGCUCUAUCUGAGAUAUUAAUUAAAAAGGAUAAUGCAUUAGAGGCGAAACAAGUACAGAUUGCUGCGACCAUAUCCUGUUUAGGCAACGCCUUAACAAAGAUAUUUUUAUCGGAUUUUAAAGAUCAAGCUGUUAUUAAGUCAUUGAUUGAAGCUAGUCAGUUAUUGUGCGAUACACAACACAGAGAAUCUAUGACUAGGCGUAGUUUUAUUUGUUCUUCAAUAAAAAAGGAUUUUAAGGAACAGCUGUACAAUACAGAGAUAGAUAGUUUUCUGUUUGGAGAGAAAUUAGCCGACACGCUCAAAGCAGCAAAAGCUAUUUCAAAAUCAGGAGCGGAAAUCAUGGUCACUAUGAAGAAAACUGUUGUGCCACCAAAAGCAAGCCAGGUUCCUGCUCAAGCUUUAAAUCAGAAGCCUCCACUCCCUCCAACCCGGCGGACGGGAGUAGCGAGGAGGGCAGAGCCGGCAGCGGCGCCAGCGCCACGCUCGCGCCAGCAGCAGCCACUGCGACACUCUACGCGCUCACAGCGGCACCAUGCACAGCGCCACUAAAUACGCAUACCCAAGCUGACGCUGAUUGCAGGGAAAUUAUCCGGACGGCACUACUGAGGAGAAGCGUGCCG